CCGCGUUUGAUUCGGCUGAAGAAAGGUAAAUUAAAUUGUGACCCACUAUUAAAAAUAUGGCGUUUAUUAAAGAGGAGAGUGAAGACAUGAAGAUUGAAGAUACAUUAAAUUUCAAUCAUGAAGAUACUGAGGAACAAACAAAGAUGGAGUUUAUUAAAAAGGAGAGUGAAGACAUGAAGAUUGAAGAAACAUUCAGAGUCAAACAAGAAGAUACUGAGACACAAACAGACCUGAUGGCACUGAAAGAGGAGAGUCAAGAACUCAAUGAGACGAAAGACAAAGAUCAAAAUGAGAAACAUCAUGAUUUCAAAACUGAAGAACUGAUUAGUUGCUCAGAGAGUAAAAAGACUUACUUGCCAAAAAAAGCUCAAAAAACACAAACUACAAACCUUAAUUCCCACUUAAAAAUUCAUACUGGAGAGAAACCUUUAACCUGCCAACAGUGUGGAGAAGAUUUCAAUCGAGAAGAAAUGCUUAAAUUCCACAAGAAAAUACACACUGAAAAGAAACCCUUCAUAUGCCCAUUCAUAUGUGGAAAGAGAUUUUCACAGAAAUGUCACCUUAAUGCUCACGUGAUCAUUCACACUGGAGAAAGACCUUACACCUGUAAACUGUGUGGGAAGAGUUUUACACGGAAUCGCGAUCUUACGACUCACGUGAGAGUUCACACUGGAGAGAAACCUUACAUGUGUAAUCAGUGUGGAAGGAGUUUUAAACAAAAUAGUCACCUUAAUACCCACAUGAGAAUUCACACUGGAAAGAAGCCUUACACCUGCGAACAGUGUGGGAAGGGUUUCACACGGAAAGCAGCAUUUAAGAUUCACAUGAUAAUUCACACUGGAGAGAAAUCUUACAUAUGUAAUCAGUGUGGAAAGGGCUGUACACAGAAUAGUCCCCAUUACUAUCUACAUGACAAUUCACACUGGAGAGAAGCCUUUCAACUGCAAACUGUGUGGGAAGAGAUCUAAAGGAAGCAUUAACUAUAACAUUCAUUCAAGAGGAAACCGUUUUUAAUGUCAUCAUU